AACACAGCCAUACUCACGGGAAGACGAGUAGCAAUGCCAAUCAAGCUUGUUACUGUGGAAACUGAUGGGCAGGUGAGGGAAGUGGACGAUUCGGUGACCUGCAGCUCGACAGACGUGGACGUGGUCAAGGUGUCUCCUAACUGCGACCAGGUUUUGGUGAAUGGGAAAGAGAUGCGCGGUCGACAGUCUCUGGCAGUAAACUUCACCUACCUGCACCUCUCUGCUCAGCUGCUGCUCACCGUCUGGGUGCCGAAGCUUCCUCUGCAGAUAGACGUGUCUGAUACAGAGCUGAGCCAGGUUAAAGGCUGGAGGGUCCCCAUCGUCACUAACAAGAGACCUACCAGAGACAGUGAAGAUGAUGAGGAUGAUGAGAAGAAGGGCAAAGGCUGUACCCUGCAGUACCAGUAUGCCUUGGUGCGGGUCCUCACACACUUUGUGGCAGAGCCCUCUGAUCCAAGAGGAGAGAUGGUGUACAUGUUGGGAGCAGACUGGCAGGCGGAUAUCACUCAUUUGGUGUUGGACCAGCUUAAAGUAGAAGAUCCUCGCAUUGCCAGACUGAUAGAUGGACGUAUCUUGAUAGGGCGGGACCUCGGGAUCACAACGAUACAGGUUCUGUCCCCGCUGUCUGAUUCUAUCCUAGCAGAGAAGACUGUUACAGUUCUGGAUGACAAGGUCACCAUCACAGAUCUGGGGGUCCAGCUGGUUGCUUCUCUGUCCCUCAGUAUGACACCCAGUCCUGGAAAUAACCAAGCUAUACAGCUAACCACCACAGCUACAGACCUGCUACAUGCGCCUAAACAGGAAGCAGCGAUUAGUGCGUGGAUUCAGUACAGUGACGGAUCUGUUACACCACUUGAUGUUUAUGAUUCCAAGGACUUUCUCAUCUCAGCUGUGUCACUGGAUGAAAGUGUCAUUUCUAUCAAUAAUCAGGAGCAACACUGGCCCAUAGUAGUGGCAGAGAGUGACGGACAGGGAGCACUGGUUCGUGUUGAGAUGGUCAUCUCUGAGACCUGCCAGAAAUCCAAAAGGAAGAGUGUGCUGGCAUCUGGAAUAGGCAAUGUGAUCGUGAAGUUUGGAGCAAAGAGCGAGGAAAGAGGGAUGGGAAGAGGUGGACCUGACUACGAUGGAGGGAUAGACAACAGCACCAAUGAUCAACGAACGAAGGAUGGGGGAGAGUGGAAGUCCAACAGUGCUGCCGCAGAUCGUGAGGAAGGAGCGAUGAGGAAGGUUAGUACAACAACCAAAAGCACAGUGACACAUCGUGCUUCUGGUGGAAAAGCUGCCAGUGGAGGCAGCAGCAGCCGGGGUGGAGGCCCCAACCAGGCAGGAGACUACAGUAGCUACCCAGCACAGGUUGAGGUACCAGGCACUGGUGAAAGUGAGCUGACCCAGACCACCAGAGGACUGUCAGACCUGGAGAUUGGGAUGUACGCCCUGUUGGGUGUGUUCUGUCUGGCAAUACUGGUCUUUCUUAUCAACUGUGUCAGCUUUGCUUUCAGAUACCGUCACAAGCAGGUCCCCGUGUUGGAGGCAGGAGGUAACAUGAACCACGCCCACGACUGGGUGUGGCUCGGCAACGAAGCUGACCUUCUAGCAGACCACACUGAUCAGUGCCAGGGCGGGCUGCCUGAUGAGUGCACCACCAUCAUUGACCGAAAUGAUGGAGGGUACGAGGAGAACAAGUACCUGCUGAACGGGGCUGGUAACACCUUGGUGAUGAGCACCUCAAUGGGCACCAUUAGUAGCGGUGGUGGCACUCUAGGACACCGGGGCAUUGCCCAUGGACAAACCUUGCCUAGAUCCAUCCAAGAACCGCAUCAGUGCCUUUCAGCAAUCACCACUAGUGGCAAAAACGCCAGUGGCCAAGUAGAGCACCUGAAUAAUUCCCCCAGGGCAAAGGCUGCAGCUGCGGUUGCAGCAGCCAAACGCAAACGCGUCCAGUUCACUUCUUUUGCCACGGUUCUGCCAAAUGAUAAUUCAGGUGGGGGUGGCCCAUAUUCCAACUCUUCAACCCUUGUCACCAAUGGGAGUGAGGAUGACAUCAAGUGGGUGUGCCAGGAUAUGGACCUGGGUCAGUCUGAAAUCAGAACCUACAUGGAGAGGCUACAAGACAAUCUGUGACUGAUGGGAAAGAGACUGAGAAACGGAGAGGUAGAGGAAGGAGGGGGAGGAUGGACAAUGACUACAAUUCACCUGUAAUGCCUUUGCAAUGGAUGAAGGGAGGGAGAGAGAGAGAAAUGAAAGAGCCGUGACAGGAACAAAAAGUUUGGCAGAGAGUUUGGAUGAGUAAUGGGCAGAAAGUUUUUGGGAUGCUUACAUUUAGCUCCCCUCUGGAAAGCAUACUGUCUAACUAGCUCACACUCAAAUCAAAGGUAGCAAACAAUAAAUAACAGUUUCAGUUGAUUUUAUAUUAUUUAUUGUGCAAAUAUUGGUGUAAAAACAACAGUUAAGUUACUUGGAUAUAAAUGUUUAAUUUUAGUGUUAAUAGUGGACCAUAUUGCAAUACAGUAAAUUCAGGGUAUGUUAUUUGGACAAACAUUAUUAAGCCACUGUACAUUUGAAUGAGGAUGCCAAGAACAUCAUUUCAGGCAUAUGUUUUUCUCAUGUCUGAUAUUGCCAUUAUCUGCUGUGGCUUAUGAUUGACCAUUGAAAGAUAUACUUUAAGUUUAUUGGCCAAGUCUUCAUAAGGCUGUGCAAUGAAACGCUGGUCAUGAUUAGCUGCGCAGCAAAGAUACAUUCUGUUUGUUUGUGUUUGAUCACGUGACCCUUUGUCUUUGGCAUUGUUCGAAAGCAAAAUGUAACAUUAAAAAGAAAAUCUGUUACUGCAA